UUUCAAAUUUCAAAACAAUGGUGGUGAGGAUCAGGAGGGAGAGAGUCGGUUUAUUGAUAAAGAUGGACAGUUUAGAGGUUUGUGCGUAGUUAAAUAGAUUAAGGAAAGUAAUGUUGAGUGCCUUUGUGAAUGCACAACGAGGAAAAGUGAUUAUUGUGAAAGUGAUUUAAAGAGAUAAUCAGUAACAGAGAGAAAGAAAGAAAGAAAGAAAGAAUGAAAAUGGAGGCUGAGGAGAAGUCAGUGGUUCCGAGUGUUGAAGUGCCGAAGCCGCCCUCCAUCGAGGACUUCAUGGUGCUGAAGCCGAUCAGCCGCGGCGCCUUCGGGAAAGUCUUUCUGGCCCGGAAAAAGAACAACUCGAAACUCUAUGCUGUCAAGGUGGUGAAGAAAGCGGACAUGGUGGAUAAGAACAUGAGCGAUCAGAUGCGGGCGGAGAGAGACGCUCUGGCCCUCAGUAAAAGCCCCUUCAUCGUGCAGCUCUAUUACUCCCUGCAGACGGCCACCAAGGUUUAUUUGGUCAUGGAGUACCUGAUCGGCGGGGACGUGAAGUCUCUGCUCCACAUCUACGGCUACUUCGACGAGGACAUGUCCUUAAAAUACAUUUCAGAAGUGGCCCUAGCUUUGGAUUACCUUCACCGACACGGCAUCAUUCACAGGGAUCUGAAACCCGAUAACAUGCUGAUCAGCAACGAGGGCCACAUCAAGCUCACGGACUUCGGCCUCUCCAAAGUGAAACUCGACAGGGAACUGAACCUUGUGGAUAUAUUGACCACGCCCUCUUUGGCCAAACCGAAGAAGGAUUAUUUCCGGACGCCCGGUCAAGUUUUAUCCUUGAUAAGCUCUCUUGGUCUUAACACUCCAGUGGUGGAUGGGAAGCGUCACAGCAGCGCCUCUGCCGUUUCCAGUCCUAUGGUGUGUGGAAAAGCCGAGCAGAGACCGAGCUCACUGUGUUCGCCGCUGUUGGCUAGAAGACGCGAGCUCCUGAAUUCCCCGAUGGGCCCGUCGCGAGGUCUCGGAGUUAACCGAGUGUUCAGUCCCAGCAUGCUGGCCAAAAGUCUGACGCCGAGGCUCAUGAAAUCCAGGAAGAGGUUCGAGACUUUAAGUGUUGGCAGUGCUCACUCGUGCCCGCUGCCAUCCAGUGACUCUGAGAGCUGCAUCAGCCCGCUGUGGGAGGGCGAGGAGAAAUCAGGAGGUGAUGAAAACGUCCCGCCUCCAAACAUAAAGGACGGAGUUGACAGAGUUGGGCACAAACUUCCCGCACCCGCGGUGGAGAGAGAGCCGAGCGGUGAAAUGUGGAUUCCUGGAAACGAGGCUCCCCAGACGCCGCUUCACAACUCGGACUCGAGACCAUCGUCUGUAACUAAACGGUCUUCCGUUGAAGUGGAUCGUGGAAAAGUAAAACCGGAUAUUUCAGCUGGAAAGAGACUCUCGUUCACGGCCUCUGAUCUCUGCGUCACGCCUGGUAAGACUCUGCUCAAAUCAUCAUGCGAGAACAGCCUGAGGAAACUUGCGAGGAGCAGCCUCAGCGUUUGUAGAUCCUCAGAGAAAGGAUCGGCUCUAAAACCAGGCUCGUCCGUCAAACGAGGGUUUAUAGAGGUGGACAAAAGCCCGGAGCAAGUUCAGAUCCAAGCAAAGAAGAGCAACGCGAAGUACAAGCGGUGCUUUCCCGUUCCAGAGAAUGACUCCAGACUCCAUACAGGUCUGACCAGGAUUUUCUCUGCUGUGGGUUUGGGGAGCGGUGGAGGAAUCUCGAAACGGCCCAGCCCUACAAAAGUGGCUAAGAAUUUGUUGUGUGAGUUGGAGGAACCAGGCGAGAACAUGCCCGACUCCGGUCUGACUUCCUCUCCCCAAGCGAUGAUGAGACAAAGCCUGAGCUUGGAUCCUGAUAGCUCGGUUCAUGAAAUGUCAGUCAUCACGAACACGCCUCCUCCACGUGGAGAAAAAGAAGCUCUGGGGUCCUCAUUCUUCGAGGGUGGAACUGAAAUCCGUGCCAUUAUAGAAGCACCACGUGUAUCGGCUUCACCAAAGCAUCAUGAGGAAAACCGCCACCUCCAUGUUGCCUCGGGCAGUCUGCUCAAAUCGCCUCUGUUCCUCAAGCCCAAGAAUGUGGUGGCCUUCAGAAGUUACUGCAGCUCCAUCAAUCGUUCCAACCUGUCCUACGGCUCACGACUCAGCUUGGGCUCGAUGGAAGGCAUGGACGGCUCGACCUCGUUCCAGUCCGCGCCCGCUGCCAUGACGCCUGUGCAGAAGAGACGCAGCCUCAACAGCUCACUCUACCAGACGCCUCAGCCGACGCUCAUGUCUCAUACCCCUUAUCGAACACCCAAGAGUGUACGUCGAGGUCCAGAACCAGCGGAGAAUGCUCCAGUUCUCGGGACCCCUGACUACCUCGCCCCAGAGCUUUUACUCGGGAAACGUCACGUUGCAGGAUCGGUUGCGUAUGACUUCAUGGUGGACUGGUGGGCGCUGGGAGUGUGCCUGUUCGAGUUCCUCACUGGAGUACCUCCGUUCAACGACGAAACUCCUCAACUCGUCUUCCAGAAUAUUCUCAACCGAGAUAUCCCAUGGCCUGAUGCAGAAGAGGAGUUAUCCCCCAGCGCUCGAGGUGCCAUUGAGAUUCUUCUCAGCACAGACGUCACCAAACGGGCUGGGCUUAAAGAGCUGAAAGAGCACGCGUUCUUUGCAGGUUUGGAGUGGGACAAUCUCCAGAACCAGGCCAUGCCUUUCAUUCCCGAGCCCCAUGAUGAGACGGACACGUCCUACUUUGAGGCGAGAAACACUGCGCAACACCUCGUUCUCUCCGGCUUCAGUCUCUAACACACAUAUAUAAGCACUACUGCUCCUCUAGCCGUUAGCUCGUGCUGACGGACUCGGUGAAGGAGAAUUUCCUGACAAUGAAUGUAACGACUGAUUCUUUCUUCCUUUCUUUCCUUAUCAGGUUAACUUUUUGUUCACACAUUCUUAAGUCGGAACAUCUGGCUUGGAUUCUACAAAGACGUUUUGUCUGGAAAAGUAGUGAGACUCAGCACUUUGUUAAACUACUCAGUGCUGAGUCUCCAUGAGUCAGACAAACGCAGAUCAGAUCGUCCAUCUGUUAUUACACAUUUUAUACACGUUGGCAUUAUUAGGUCAUGUUAUUUAGGUGUUUUGUGCGUCUGUAUGAGUAAUAUAUUCGUUCCUGCUGCUAUAUGUGUAUACUCUAACUUGCUGAUGGUUUUAGAGAGCUGGGCUUCAAAUAUCUUUAGCGAUCUGUUUUUGGAUAAUGUACCAUGCAAAAAGAUGAUCACAUUUUAGUGUGUUGGAUGUAACUUCUACACCAUGUAAUAGCUGUUUAAAUAAAAUCCCUUUUAACAUAAUCAAA